AUGGCCGGGCCGCGAUUGCUGCCACCGGGGCUCCCGGUGCUGCUGCUGGUGCUGCCGGUGCUGCCGCUCCCGGUGCUGCCGCUCCCGCCGCUCCCGCCAGGCACCGCUGCCCCGUCCCACUGCGGCCCGGAGCAGUUCCAGUGCGCGCCCGGCGCCCCCUGCUUCCCCCAGGACUGGCGCUGCGACGGCCACCCCGACUGUGAGGACGGCGGGGACGAGUGGGACUGCGGGACCGCGACCGCGGCGGAGCCGAGUCCCGGCGGCCCCGUGGUGACCUCGUCUAGGAGCUCGGCGGUGCCGCCCGCCAGCAGCGCAGAGCCUUCAGUUACACCUGAGCCUGAGGUCUCUGUGCCAUCAAGGAGUCCAGGUUACACAUGGAUCUUGAUUGUUGCAGAGCUCCUGAUUAUCCUGGUAGCUGCAGGUUCUGUUGCUGUGUGGGGUCUGUCCAAAGCAAAAUGCAGAUCUGACACCUUCAGUCUUGAAAAAGCAUCCAGGGAACAGCUGAUGCCUGACAAGAGCCAGAAAGGCUCCUUGCCCUGAAGGGGACCCUUAUUCCAAGGUGCGACUAGCCCGGUCUGUCUCCUGCUCACCACAGCCUGACUGAAUUGGACAUCAACUCUCAAAUCUGGGUUGUUACACUGGAAUACCAAGAAGAUGCUCCCUUUGUAAAUGAGUUUUAGAUUGUGGGACUGCCUUGGCUCCAGAAAUAGCACAGGACCUCCCCUGACGCUGUGACAUUAGCCCUCCCAAAGGUGGUAGGAAUGUCUCCAUUGCACUGCAUGACAGUUGUUACUGCUGAUGCCCACCACCAUGGCCUCGGGCCCGAAGAUGUUUUUCUCCUUGAAAUGCCAGGUGCUGUUCAGCUGUCUCCUUCCACUUCCAGCCAAGAGCCUUUUUUCAUCUGCCCCAUUCUUUCUCCUGGAUUUUGUCAGGAAACAGGAGCUUUCUCACCUAUUUCCAUAGGUACUCCCUGGCUGCACAGAUCAGACAAAUACUCCAUGUUUGCACUACUGUUUGAUGCUGCUCAGUCCCAUGCAUGGGAGGCCUUUACUGACAGUGCCACCAUGAGGGUGACAGUUGCUCUGGCUUUGCUGUGCUGUUACCUGAGCCCGCAUGGGGCAAGGAACUCCUCGGCCCUGGACUGGCAGCUCCUCUCACACUCCUUUCCACAAACAUCUCCACCCUUGGCAGACCUGCUCUGCCCACCCCAGUGCUGAGUGCUGCAUUGGGCUCCUCUCAACACUCUCAAUGGUGUCUUCCUUAAAACUGUUCUGACAUGAGUGAUGUCCCUUGAGGGUCGGUACUGGGACCAGUGCUAUUCCAUGUUUUUAUCAGUGAUGUGUAGAGUGGGAUCAAGUGGACCCUCAGCCAGUCUGAGGAUGAGACUGGGCUGAGGAGUGCAGCUGGGGAGGGGGAUGUCAUCCAGAGGGGUCUUCAGGCCCACAGGAAUCUCAUGAAGUUCGAUAAGGUCAAGUGCAAGGUCCUGCACCUUUGUUAGGGCAAACCCUGGAGAAGAGAUGGCUCCAGGGAGCCUUGUUGUGUCUUGUCCAUGUCUGAAGGGGAAUUGUAAGAAAGAUGGAGAGGGGUUUUUCACCAAGGCCUGUUAAGGACAAGGGGCAACAGAUACAAACUGACAGAGGUUUAGGUAGGACAUGAAGGAGGAUUUUAUGGUGAGGUCCUGGCACAGGUUGCCCAGAGCAGUUGUGACUGCCCCAUCCCUGGGACCAAGCUGGACAGGGCUCUGAGCAUCUUGGUCUAGUGGAGGUGUCCCUGGAAAUAAGUCAUGUCUUUGGUCUGACACUGUGUGGCACGUGGAGUCCCAGCCAAAGGACUCAGUGCUGCGCAGCUCUCAGAACUGACUGUGCAGGGGCAGAUUAGUGCCCAGUGCCUCUAGUUCAGCAUUGGCCACGUGCACCUUGCACAAGUGUUCACUAAGUGUGCCAAGCUGCUGCCUUGGCUGCUGACCUCUGUGCCUUGAAGGUGGGAACUUGGCUUGCCAAGCAGAUACCAGUCAUAAAUCUUGGAGUAGGAGUCUUCCGCUCCUGGAUAGCGUGUGAGUGCUGCCAUACCCCAUGAGAGAAACUUCUAUAUGUGGUGUGGAGUCCUGAGUUAUUCCAGGGCUGCUAUUUUUAGUACCAAGGAGUCAUUUGCAAGGGCACACACAACCUUCUGUUUCCAUAGGGGCAGGCAGAAAUAGCUGUGGUGACUGACACAGGAGAAUAAAAAAUGUGAAUUAACAA